UCGUGGAGUGACGGGCUCGAUUUGCAAAACUUUUUCGAUCGUGGGUUUUGUUCUAAGAAACCUCUGUCUGUGGUGCUUUUGGAUUUGUUGCAGAAUUUCCUCGUAUUGCAAUUCCAAACUCUUGUAUUGUAGAUCUGUAGUGGGAGUAUCCCGUUAGCAGUAUUAUUGUUUGAGUCUCCCGGAAGUGGAGCUCGGAAACUGGCACGCGGUUUGUUAGGUUAAGAUUUUAGAGCAUAUGAUUUGGAAGAGGAAACCAAUCAGCAAAUGAGUUGGAUCACUGGCAGCCCUAAAUUUUUAUAAGCUUGCGGACUGAAUUUUUUUUUCUUCCUUUUCGUCUUGUGUUUUUUCCCAAGUCGAAGUGCUUCAGAAGUUCGAUUUGUAGUUUCUCACAAGUGCACCAGAUUCUGGGUUCCAUUUGGCGUUACAGAGGAUGUUCUAGCUCUUGACUAGCUGGCGUGAGGAGGUUAUUGGGAGUUAAGGAUCGAGUGAAGGGAGUUGUGGAUUGGUUGGCGGUGAUUUUAAAUACGAAAAAUGUCGAGCACUGCCUGCUUCGUUAUCGUGUCGCGCAACGAUAGUCCUAUUUACGAGAGUGAAGUUGGCACUGCCCCGAAGAAAGACGAGGCGGCACACUUGCAUCAAUUUAUACUACACGCUUCUUUGGACAUUGUCCAAGAUGUUGUUUGGAACACGAAUAACAUGUUUUUGAAGGUAGUAGAUAAAUUUAACGACUUGCUAGUCUCCGUGUAUGUGACUGCGGGCCAUACUCGGCUCAUGCUACUGCACGACUCUCGUAAUGAGGAUGGUAUCAAGAACUUCUUUCAAGAAGUCCAUGAACUCUACAUCAAGAUGCUGUUGAACCCUUUGUAUGUGCCUGGGUCACGCAUUUCCUCUCCAUUUUUCGAUACACGGGUCCGAGCACUUGCUAGGAAGUACCUUUGAGGGCUGCACAGCAAAUAAUGAUAUGUUUACAAGACAUCUACAAUGAAGACAUCUAGUUGGUAUACCGCCCUGGAAGAGAGUUGCGCAACUAUCUUGGAGAUAGCUGCGUCACUCGUUCUUGCAGAAGCCGCUGUAUACUCGGACAGUUUAGGUGUUUAUAUCCAUGUUGAUUAGAUGCUAGACACUCUCACGUAAGACUUGGUUUAGUGCAAUUGGCUCGAAUGUCACUAAAGCGCACUAAUUCUUUUUGGGUAUGAAGGUCAGAACUUUUAUUCUCUAGUUGAUUUCAUAAUUUCCACUGCAUUGUGGAACCCAUAUUCCCACACACCUGUAACUUGGUCUUGGAGGUUCCUGUCCUUUUACGUUGCAGCUUGUAUUUAAUGUAAGUUAUGGCCCCGCACAAUUAUUGUGCAUUUUACUGUC